GUGCGAUGCGAAGAGUUGUUUGGUCAUUGUCAUUUGCAGCAUUUUCGUCCAUUGUAAGCAAUUUUGUGAAAGUCAUCGACGGCCUCCGCUUGUGCAUUUUGUGUGUUAUUUCUUGCAAUAGUGCGGUGAGCAGUUACUUACUUAUCGUAUCAGAGUUUCAACAAGCCUAAUCGUACCGAAAAUGGUGAACAUCACCUCGGCCGCCGGCAUUAUAUGCCUGCUGGAUGAACCGGUCGCGGAGCUGAAGGUAUUUGCGCUGAACAAGCUCAACAUGAUAGUGGGUGAAUUCUGGCCCGAAAUUUCGGAAGCGGCCGAAAAGAUUGAGAUGCUGCACGAGGAUAAAACUUUCUCGCAUCACGAGCUGGCGGCCCUGGUCGCCUCGAAGGUCUACUAUCAUCUGGGCUCGUUCGAGGAUUCGCUAACCUACGCACUGGGGGCGGGAGAUCUGUUCGACGUGAAUGCGCGCAACGAGUACGUGGACACGAUCAUCGCGAAAUGUAUCGAUCACUACACUCAGCUGCGGGUGGCUCUGGUCGAGGCGGAAGAGAACAACCUGGUGGCGAAACCGAUCGAUGCACGCCUGGAGGCGAUCGUAAACCGCAUGAUUCAACGCUGCCUCGAGGAUGGCCAGUACAAGCAGGCGCUCGGCAUUGCGCUUGAAACCCGCCGUAUGGACAUCGUGGAAGCUUCGAUCAUGAAGGCGGAUGAUGUACCCGGAAUGUUGGCGUACGCGUUCCAGGUUACGAUGGGAUUCAUCCAGAACCGCGCGUUCAGAAAUACGGUCCUGCGCUGCCUGGUGGAGCUGUAUCGCAAUGCAGGCGUACCGGAUUACGUGAACAUGUGCCAAUGUCUUAUUUUCCUCGAAGAUCCACUGGCGGUAGCGGAAGUGCUCGAUGGGCUGACAAAGGAGAACGAAUCGUCGGUACUGAUGGCGUACCAGAUUGCGUUCGAUCUGUACGAAUCCGCCACCCAGCAAUAUCUCGGCCAGGUGCUGCAAGCACUGAAAGCAACCGCACCGAUUCCAUCCGCUUUGAUUUCCAACUUCAAACCUCAGGGCACCACCACUACCGAUGCGACAUCUGAAGCGGCCGAACCGAAAGCCGAACGUACCCUGGAAAGUCUGAACGAGGCGGAGAAAACCCACCAGAAGAACAUCGAAAAGCUGGCCAGCAUAUUGUCCGGCGAGGUAACGAUUGAACUGCAGCUCCAGUUCCUUAUCCGCAGCAAUCAUGCCGAUCUGCAAAUUUUACGCGCGACGAAGGAAUCGGUCCGCCUGUCGAUCUGCCAUACGGCCACGGUCAUCGCGAACACGUUCAUGCACAGCGGCACAACCAGCGAUCAGUUCCUGCGCGACAAUCUCGAAUGGUUGGCAAGGGCAACGAAUUGGGCGAAGCUUACUGCGACUGCAUCGCUUGGUGUGAUACACCGUGGGCACGAGACGGACUCGCUCGCACUGAUGCAAAGCUACCUGCCGAAGGAGAGUGGUCCAAGCUCGGGCUACUCGGAAGGCGGUGGCCUGUAUGCGCUCGGUCUGAUCCACGCUAACCACGGAGCGAACAUCAUCGAUUAUCUGCUGCAGCAGCUGAAGGACGCCCAGAACGAGAACGUCCGUCACGGUGGAUGUCUGGGGCUUGGAUUGGCCGCGAUGGGAACGCACCGGCAGGACGUGUACGAGCAGCUGAAGUUUAACCUCUACCAGGACGAUGCGGUCACGGGUGAAGCGGCCGGUAUUGCGAUGGGAAUGCUUAUGCUCGGUUCGAAGCACGCCCAAGCGAUUGAAGACAUGGUGUCCUACGCGCAGGAAACACAGCACGAAAAGAUCCUGCGCGGGCUGGCCGUCGGUAUUUCGCUCACGAUGUACGCCCGGCUGGAGGAAGCUGAUGCGCUAGUAGCAUCGCUAUCGAACGAUAAGGAUCCGGUGUUGCGUCGCAGCGGCAUGUACACGAUUGCGAUGGCGUACUGUGGAACGGGCAACAAUCAGGCCAUCCGCAAGUUGCUGCACGUGGCGGUCAGCGAUGUGAACGAUGAUGUGCGUCGCGCUGCAGUUACUGCCAUCGGCUUUAUUCUGUUCCGUUCGCCGGAGCAGUGUCCGUCGGUGGUUUCACUGCUGGCCGAAUCGUACAAUCCGCAUGUGCGCUACGGUGCGGCCAUGGCGUUGGGAAUCGCGUGCGCUGGCACUGGUUCCCGCGAGGCGAUUGCACUGCUCGAACCGAUGGCCAAGUUUGAUCCGGUGAAUUUCGUACGUCAGGGUGCGCUGAUCGCUUCCGCCAUGAUCUUGAUCCAACACACCGACCAGACGUGCCCGAAGGUGACCUUCUUCCGGCAGCUGUACACGCAGGUCAUUACCAACAAGCACGAGGAUGUGAUGGCCAAGUUUGGAGCUAUCCUGGCGCAGGGCAUUAUCGACGCUGGAGGUCGCAACGUGACGGUCAGCCUGCAGUCCCGUACCGGACACACCAAUCUGCAGGCCGUCGUAGGCAUGCUGCUGUUCACGCAGUACUGGUACUGGUUCCCGCUGUCCCACUGUUUGUCGUUGGCCUUCACGCCGACCUGCAUCAUCGCGCUAAACUCCGAUCUGAAGAUGCCGAAGAUCGACUUCAAAUCGGCCGCUCGUCCCUCGCUGUACGCGUACCCGGCUCCGCUGGAGGAGAAAAAGCGCGAGGAACGCGAAAAGGUCACAACGGCCGUGCUUUCGAUUGCGGCCCGUGCGAAGCGUCGUGAAGGGGACAAAAAGAAGGAUGGCAAGGAUACCACCGCCGCGGCGAAGGAAGGUACGGCAUCGGCAGAAACUAAGAUGGAAGUGGACGAUGAUGCGACUGCCGGUAAAGACGAUGCAGCUAAGCCGAAGGAAGAAACGAAACCAGCCACAGCAGCCGCCGCCACCACGACACCGGUGAAGGACGAAUCAAAGAAGAAGGACAAAUCGGGUGCGUCGGGUGUGGGAUCACCGGCGGCUUCGGCAGCCACUACCGGGGACGAUGCUGCCACUUCAAGUGCUGCCGCCGGUGCGGAUAAGGCUGCCGAUAAGACGACCAGCAAAACGCCGAAGGAACCCGAGCCUAGCUUUGAAAUUUUAGCCAAUCCUGCCCGCGUUAUGCGUCAGCAGCUGAAGGUCAUCAGCAUCGCCGAAGGAACACCGUACACCCCGCUGAAGGACGUCACGAUCGGUGGAAUUGUUAUGAUGAACCAUACGGCCGCUGGUGACCAGGUGUUGGUGGAGCCUGUGGCCGCCUGUGGCCCAAAGAACGACGAUCUAAAGGAACCGGAAGCACCGGAACCGUUCGAGUAUGUGGAGGAUGAUGCGUAAGCUAGAAUCGUUUUUUCUUUCCCUUUGUGAACUGUAUAAGAAUUUGUGUAACGCUUUGAACCUUUAAUAAACACACACUUUGCGUAAUGUUCACUGAA